AUGGCUUGCUCGGGGUCCUCAUACUCAGAAGACAAUGACGACAGAGAGUCAUUGUUGCCGAGCGGCGUGACGGAUCCCCUGGUCAAUGCCAGGACGACAGAAAAGAUAGAUCAGAAACGUCAUGCCGGACUGGUAUCGACGGCUCUUCUCCUGAUAAAUCGCAUGAUCGGUGCGGCCAUCUUUUCGAUCCCAUCGUCCAUCGUACGCAGUGUUGGCAGUACCGGCGGCAUCCUCUCAUUAUGGCUGGUCGGGUUUGCCUUGGCCUAUUGUGGCAUGUUUGUGUGGUUGGAGUUGGGCUGUCGGAUGCCACACAGCGGCGGCGAGAAGCUUUACCUGGAACAAGCUUACCCACGCCUAGCACGGCUCACAACCACGUUAUAUGCCUUCUACGUACUCUUUUCCUUUGGCGGUCUGACGUGUGUGGUGGUGGCAGAUAAUCUCCUUCUGGCGCUGAAUGUAUCCGCCGGAGAUGCCGGGAAGCGGACGCUUUCGAUGGGGGUGCUCGUCCUCAUUGCGGUGCUCCAUAUUAGUUCGCGCACCUGGAGCAUGCGGAUUAUGAACUCGCUUGGGUUGAUCAAGAUUGUUAUUCUCGUCCUGGUCAUUCUCACGGGCGUUGCUGCCGUCUGUGGUCUCCUACCGAGCGUGCCAGACCCAGGGCGGAGCUUCCAACACCCUUUUGCAGGGUCUUCCACUGAUGCUUAUGCAUACACGGUUGCCCUGUUUAAGAUCCUCGCCACAUUUAACGGGUGGCAUAAUGCUGCCUAUGUCCUGGACGAAGUAAAAGACCCACAACGGACAUUAAAACUGAGUGGUAUCCUGGGUGUGGGAGCUGUGGGUGUCCCGUACCUGCUGGCCAAUGUGUGCUAUGUUUUUGUGGCUACGCCGGAGGAAAUCAGUCAUGCCGGGGUACAAGUCGUCGCAAUUCUCCUGGGAAAGGUGUUUGGAAGCGGUAUCCGACAAACCACGGCCGCACUCACGGCCCUGUCCUCGUUUGCCAGCCUGAUGACCAUUGCGUUCGCCUUCUCGCGAGUCGUUCAGCGCCUUGCAUGGGAAGGGGCAAUCCCAGCUGGCCAGUAUAUUUGCCAAGCAAACAUCCUCUGGAACACCCUCUACCGCGUUCUUCCUCAUGUUCUUUUCUACAGCGGUAGCCAUCAGUAUAGUACCUUUUGGUAUGUCCUACCUUUCCCCUAUCUAAUGUGCAUGCUAACGGGUGUAGGCGAUGCAUACAUAUUUUUAGUGGAUUUGAGCCAAUAUGAAGUCGCCAUGAUUGGGUUCUUCGUCGCAAUAGGCCUUUUUCGGCUUCGUCGAAAGUCCUUGGUGACCAGGCAUCAGUUCCGUGUGUGGACUGUGGUGCCCUAUAUCUUCUUGACGUGCCAGCUAUACCUUCUCCUAUCGCCAUCUCUGGCCCCAGAGGAAGGGGGUACAAAUACCAGUUUGCCUUAUUGGCUCGCACCGGUCACGGCUUUAAGUGCUUUGGGGCUUGGGAUACUGUAUUGGUGGCUUCGAAGAAGGUAG